AUGAUUGCAAAACAAUAUCUGAAACCAUGGACUGAACAUCAGCGAUCAAAUACGUCAGGUACAAGAGUUGAAUGUUUUGAUCCAUCAUCCACAGAUGCUUUAUAUGUCAAUGUUGGUAAGCUAACAAAACUUGAUCCUGAUGAAGCAGUUAAAAAUUUAGAAUUAAGGAUAGCAAAAACUCGAGAACGAGCAGCCGGAAAUGGAAAUGCGACAUCUAGCGGUCAUCGUCAUCGUCAUCGAAAUUUUGAAACUGGUAUAUAG